GCUAAGCAUGUGGUUCCUCUAACCUGCACUGGGUGGACUUUUCCUGGGUGGGGAUUUCUUUUCUCCUGACAAGUUAUAAUGGACACAACAACAAAGCCAAGUUAGAAUCUGGUUGUGGUGCUUGUUCUUGUUGGAUUAUCGAACGAUCAGAGAUGUAUUUUCUUUUGUUUGUUGUGGCGUUCCUCCAGUUCUCUGCUGUGGGUGCAAUCAAAACAACUAAGAACUACUGGACACUCAAACCAAAUGUGAUUGUGGUGGAUGUGGAUGUAGCUCAAGAUAUGGACAUAGUGGAAGUACCUCUGAUCUGUGGUGAAGAGUUCGAGGGAACCAAUGUUACUUGGACCAAAAACCAAGGGGAGCACCUGGAGGCUUGUGGAAACAGGAUUAUAGUCACAGUGGAUGGGUGGAAGGGGGCCAACUAUUCCUGUUACAACAGCGAAGGCACCAUCCUUAAUCACACGCUGGUGCUGGCUCAGUGGACGUUUAGGAAAAUUAUUAGGAACACCCCUGAGAAAGGUUAUAUCCAUUGUUCAUCAAAAAACUAUGGUGGAUCCUUUCAAUGUUCCUGGACAUGGGGUAACAACAGGAACGGCCACGUUGCUGUUGUUGCUCAUAUCAAAGCUACGCGCUCUCACAGUGGAAACCAGAUCAGCUGCAGUCUGGAUUCCAGUGGACAGAGUAUAACAUGCUUGGACCAACACUACUGUCCUUAUGCAGAGGAGGUUGAUCGCAUCAACCUGACCAUCUAUUUCAGAAGCAGCUAUGUAAUAGAAGCCUACUACAAACAGUUCCACAUUAUGGAUAUUGUGAGGCCCGAUACAGUGGAUAUUAGCAGGAUAAAUCAAACUUCUGUCAAACUAGAGUAUCCACACUCAUGGAACACACCAUCCUCCUACUUUCCUCUCAUCUUUCAAGUGAAAGAGAUACGCUGUCGGAAACGCAAAAAAUGUGACUGUUCCAAACCGAGCUCAGCAGAGGUCAUUUCUUAUUCCACACAAAGUCACCAGCUGCCAGUGACUAAAGGCAUGACAGUGUGCGUGAGAGCAAGAGAUAAAUUCUGUAAUUCCUCUUGGAGUGAGUGGAGCCACUACAAAUGCACUGCCCGGAAAAAUAGACAGAGGAAACGAGAACAAAAGUUAAAUGAGAUGUCCUUGUAAUUGUUAUUCUUUAAGAUGAUAAAAGACCCUUAAAUUCUAUGUGGCCUUACUGUGUAAAACAAUGUGUUUUUGUAACAUAUUUUGUCUUUAUCCAUGUUUUUGAAGAUUGAGUCUCAUACUCUUAAUUUAGCUAUUUAUUUUUCUUUAAUUUAUUUAUUUUAAUUUAUCAAUUGUAUUUGUUAUAGUUGUUAUGUCUGAUGUCUUUCAAUGAAUAUAUCUGAACAGUCACAUGCUCUCGAAUCAGUUUGUCUUCAGUGUUCUAUUAUGUACAGUUAGAAAUAACAAUUUUAUGUCAUGGCUCACCAGUCAUACAUGA